CUAGAAAGAUUAUAAACAGCGAUGGUAUAGAAUCAAGACUAUCUAGUUCCGGAAGCAACGGCAAUAUAUUUGCAAGUACACCGUUACACCCCAAUAGCACAGUAUCAUUUAUGUCUCCAAUGAGAAGAUUAAAUGAUUUACAUAUUGAAUCUUCUCCACUUGUGGAAAUAGACCCAUUAGGUGAUGAUAUCAAUGAUGAAGAAGAGGACGAGGAUGACGAGGACGACGAAUUCUCGUAUGGAAACAAGACAAUUACCAAUGAUACCGAUUCAGACGUUGAUGACAAGGAUGAAAUAAUGUCACUGAAUAUCAAUUCAAGAAAACGAAUGCAUGUUGAAUCACCCAGCAUGAUGAUAUUAACACCUAAUUAUCCUAACAAUGAACCACAAAAUAGCAAUGAAUCCACCGGAAACUCGAAAAACAUGUCAUCAUUUAACAUUCACAAUAUUACAACCAGUUCACUUGAUUAUUCGACGCCAUGCCCUAAUGAACCAAGAAGAAAGAAGUUAAAGUUGAAACAAGAAACGACACCAAAGAAGGUAUUACUAGAUUUAGCGCAUUCUAUUAAGACAUCCGUUGAUAGAUUACCAAAAACAUCCCUGCACGUUCGCUAUGAAGAUGACGAAGAAGAGCCAAUACGAGAACAGGAAGAUUUUGAACAAAUGCCAAUAUCACUGUCCACGCCGUCAACUUCAAGAGCAUCAACACCUCCAUUGACAGUUCCAGAAGAAGAAAAGGAAAACAAACAACAUCAAGAAGAAUCUGAAGCAAAGCAUAGCUCUGCAUAUGAAGAGUACGGACAAACCAUAAAUGGAUACAAGUUUGUCCAGAAAAAACUACCUCAGUUCAAAUACGAAACUCCCGUGAAUAACAAUCGAUACUCAAAAUUGCGAGAGGCGUAUAAUGCCAAUGAUUAUACUCCCAUGGUACAACCACAAGGGAAAUAUCAAAUCAUUGGUGAAUUCCCAAUGAGCUCAGCUGGAAUAAUGGAAGAGGAUGACGAAGAUGUACAUGUUGGUGACAAACGAAUUAGUGAUCCGUAUCUUGAAUGUGACAAUACAGUCGAUUCAAUAAGAGAGAAUCGUAUACGAGAAGAAUACUUUUCGAGAGAAGGACAACCUAAGUUGCCUAUAUUACCUCCACAUUUCUACGAAACAAGAAUACCACAAGAUACCUUGAUCAGUUUGAUUAACAAGGACAAUCUCAUGCAAUUCUACGAAAUGGUGAAAUCGCCUCAACAGCAAUUGUCAGACUUGCUAAAACAAGAACGUGUCAAAUGGCAUCCCGACAAAUGGAUAGGAAAAUUGCAAAAUCAGGAACAUGGGUUUAACUUGGAAGUGGUGAGUCACUUAUGCCAAUGCAUAAAUGGACUACUUGAAUCAAUUACGACAUAAUGAAGGUCUAUUAGAUAGAUAUUAAUACACAAAGGGUUAUUUU